UACAGCAUCAUCAAAACACUGGAACACACCUCCAGCAAGACGUUUCAGAGCAAUUUAGAAUAUACACAAACACAAAGUAAAAACAAGAGUGGAUUAUUGUGCAACAAGGAUUUUUCUUUCUCGUAUCCAUUUGGAGCAGAAGUGCUUUUAUUUUUCUCUCCGUAUUUAUCUGGUGCCCUACACACCUUGUGCCUUUGAAAAAAAAAAAAAAAAAAAUCAGCGGGGAUCAUCUGAGAGACACGGCUGUCCAGAGAGGGGAGGAGGACAAUGGAGGGGAUGCAGGCAUACGGAGCCGGGAAAGCCGGGGGAGCCUUCGACCCUGUCACCUUCCUCCAGCAACCCCAGACCAUUCUGCGCAUAGUAUCUUGGCUCUUCUCCAUCGUUAUAUUCGGCUGUAUCGCCAACGAAGGCUACAUCAAUCGCCCAAAUGAAGUGGAAGAGUUCUGCAUCUUUAACCGCAACCAAAAUGCCUGUAACUAUGGCGUGUUUAUGGGCUCCAUGGCUUUUCUCUGCUGUGUUGCCUUUCUGGCACUGGAUGUCUACUUUCCUCAGAUCAGCAGCGUUAAAGAUAGAAAGAAGGCUGUCCUGGCUGAUGUUGGAGUUUCAGCAUUUUGGUCGUUCAUGUGGUUUGUGGGUUUCUGCUUUUUGGCCAACCAGUGGCAGAGGACCAAGCAGGAGGAUAACCCCCUGAGAGAGGGAGGUGACGCUGCCCGGGCAGCUAUCACCUUUUCCUUUUUCUCAAUCUUCACCUGGGCGGCCCAGUCAUUCCUCGCCUUUCAGAGAUACAAGCUAGGGGCCGACUCUGCCCUCUUCUCCCAGGACUACACCGAUCCCAGCCAGGAUGCAGCUGGAGCGCCCUACACGUCUUUUGGAGGGGACGACUUGGAGAGUCCAAGCGGCGGAGGGGGCCAGCCCAACAGCGAUGGGGCUUUCGACGGCACUGGUGGCUACCAGCGUCAAGACUACUAAAAUGUCAGGGUUCAGAUAUGUUCUGGGGAGAUUUUGUUGCCCAAAAAUGACCUUUUUAGGUAAUAUAUUUGUUGUUUCUGUCACGCUGAGAACCACUGCCUCAAACUACCCCUAAUUAUGAUCUUUAAUAACAUAUAAUAUAUUAAUGAUAUAUAAUAUUACAUAUAGAUAUAUACUUAAAAUACUUGACACAGUUCUGAUGAAUUAUUUUAAAUGGAUUUACAACCAUCCAUCACAGAGCAGUUUAAAGUUUACCUGGACAUGUUAGCUCUGAUAUUUUAGUAAUUUGCAGUAAAGUGUUAAAUUGUGAGAGGAGACCACCAGUAGCAAAUAUGACACUCAGAUCUGAGGGAUAGUUGGGAGAAGUUAUCGUAUGGAGUUAAAUCUCUUCAUAACAGCUAAUUUUCUCCAAGUUGGAAGCUUAUAUCUAUAUAUCUUUAUAUUUGUUACCACCCCUGGUCAGGAUCCCCUCAAAAAAGCCUUAAAAAAGUGCACUUUUUGUUGCAGUUCAGUCAGCUCUGAGAUGUUAUUUUGUUUUGGAUUUAUACCCUCCUUACUAUUCUAGUAAACGUUUUUAUUUUAAUUGCAGUUAAUAUUUUAAGCUUUUUAUUAUUGCUCUGAUAGAAAACAUGGUGAAGAUUAGUCUGGCAGCGAUGUUGUUCUACAAUAAAGUCCCUAGUUGUUCACACUAGUGGAGAAGUUAGAUUUGAAUUCAUAUUUUUAUUUUCUAUCAUGGUUCCUCUGUCUGAAAGUUAUAUUUACAUUUUUCAGGGGCCUGGUCAAAGUCGAAACUAGAAUCUAAUAAGGAAUCUGAAUAGUAAGCAAAACAUUAGGGUGAUGGCAGGGAGGCCUUCCAAGCCCAAGAUUUACAGCUCAUCAUUAAAAAAAAAAAAUCAGAAUACCGGCGGGAAAUAUGCAACAAUUAUAUCAACCGUUAUAACAAGAACGCUGUUGCUACUGCUAGGACAGUUCAUUGAUUGUCUUGGCAGGUAUAGAAAUAUACCUGCUGACACACCUGCCAUGCAUUUAAACAUUAAUGUAUUUUUUCUUUUUUAUUAAUGCUUCCUUUAAAAAGUUGUUAUUGUCCUUUUACCAGAAAUUCUGCUGAUUGCUUUCCUAUCAGGAAGAAGCUUUGGGUCUGAAUCUUUUACAUAUUGUGCAUAUCAUCCACAGAUUUUAGAGUUAAUCAGUUAAUUAGUCUUUCAGUUUGAUUAUUUAUUGGCUAAAUUGUGCGUUGAAUAAAAUGUUUCAUAAGGCUAAAGCUUUAAGCAAAUUGUCUCAUUUGCCCAAUUGCAGUUGCAGUCUUUUAAUGGAGAUUCUUCAGGGUAAAGGUGGAGCCAAGUUUAAAUUUUAAAUUAAAGAUGUCCGUCAGCUUUGUUUUUAGGACAUUUAAAUUAUUUCUACAGAUGCAGUUUUAAAUUCAAUUUAAGGAAUUUAACGUUGGAUCAUUUAAAAAAAGAAAACCUACUAGAAAACAACUUUAGAGAUUUAAACUGAAAAUGCAAGUGGCUCUUGGGGGACCCCUGCUGGCUGGAGGCUCUAACAGCAAUAGUUUGAAUGCUUAUAUGACAAGUUUACCCAAAAAAAACGGGGAAUAAUGAAGUAAAA